GAAACGGUGCCGUACAAACGUUCAGUAGCGAUAGAACCUUCGCUUCGUUACGAUCUGAUUAGAUUCCUCAGCUCGAGGAAGCUUUUGCUGGAAUAAUGUGCUGUAGAACAGGAAGACUCCUACUGCUCCUCUUUGGUUUAUCGUGUGUAAUUGCUCAAAAUAAUGGCCAAGGGAGCCGUCUAACGUGUGGCAGGCGUCGGGUGAAAUCGGUCUAUCUCAUCCACAAUGGCAUCGAUGCUAAGGCCGGUCAUUGGCCGUGGCAUGCUGCCAUCUUCCAUCGCAAGCAGGGGAAGAGCGAAUACGCCUGCGGAGGAGUGAUCAUUGACGAGAGCACUAUUCUCACAGCCGCUCACUGUAUCUACACAACGAGCGGGAAAAUCCCUCUCGAUCGGAUCGUUGUGACUGUCGGCCAGAUCGAUCUGAAAGACGAGAACGAGUUCACGCAAAAGCACAACUUGCAUGAAACGAUCGUACAUCCUAAGUACGGCCCAGCAAGUAUUAUCAAUGAUAUUGCUCUUUUGAAGCUGUCAACCAACAUCACGAUGACGAAGUACGUGCAGCCCGUCUGUCUGUGGACGAUGGACAGUAACCAGGAGAUGAUCGCAGGCCGAAACGGGACAAUCGUUGGAUUCGGCCUAAAUGAACACGAUGAAGUAUCCAAGCAGCUGAAGCAAGCGCUGAUCGGUGUUGUGGAUGCGUUGACAUGCAUCGCGAGCGAUCGUUCAGUGUUCGGAACUCAUCUGACCUCGGAUAUGUAUUGCGCCAAAGGACAGACGGGCGUUAGUGCGUGCAAUGGGGACAGUGGUGGCGGUAUGUUCUUCGAAGUGGGGGGCAAAUGGUUCGUGAGGGGCUUGGUCUCGUUUACGCCGCUGCGUGGAAAUACUGGGCUUUGCGAUCCGUUGAAGUACACCGCGUACACCGAUGUGGCGAAGCAUUUUGAGUGGAUUGUUAAGUAUGUGGACCCGCGGGUGCUUUCCUUCGAGUCGGAUGUGCUGGAGAUAGAUUACGAGGAAAAGCUACGGCUGUUUAACUUUGAGACUUGUGGUGUGCCGUCCUCAGCACUGCUCGGCGAUGGGAAUGGUUGGACUGGGCUACCCUGGCUAGGGUUUGUCAUAUUUUCUCCUGGCUCGGACAGUGCACCGAACAGAAGGUGUACGGUAACGCUGAUAAGUGAUUGGUAUGCGAUUGGUCCUGCACAUUGUUUCGAUAACGAUGGCAUAGAACGCUGGAUUCUACUCGGAGGUGAUUCUGAAUCGUCCACAACGAACUGUUCGAACGAUCGCAAUGGAAAUGCAGUCUGCUCUUAUCCAACACAAACGCUCCAAAUCGAACGAAUUAUCACACACCCAAAGUACGACAGUAACAGCCUCGGUGAUAAUAUCGUACUAAUCGAGCUACUGAGCGCGGCCAACACGACACUCCCGAAUGUGAGACCCAUCUGCAUUUCGGCUACUCCCGAACUCCGAACGACUCAGAUGGUCAACCUGUCUGUAGCGUCCUUCUCCUCGCAAGCGAGCUCUUAUCGGAGCGAAGCUGUAAGCCUUGUCAACACAGACUAUUGCAAGACACAGUACGCAGAUUUGGGAUUCACAAUCGACUGGAAAAAUAAGAGAUUUUGUGCUCAAAUACCCGCGGAAGAAUCAUGCAGUUCGCUGAGAAGUGGCGCACCACUGCAAGAGUUGCGAUCUUUCGGCGAUACAAGCCGCUAUUUUCUACGAGGAUUCGAGCUGUUCGGACGGGCUUGUGCAACGGAAAUACCUCCUGUGUACAACAACCUGGACGAAUACCUCGACUGGAUACUGUACAACAUGAGAUACAGCAUCUCGGACAAAGCUGAACCCGUUGCUCCGGCCCCGACUACCAGCGGUCCGAAGCAAAGCCUGGAGAAGGAGUGGGACGCACUACAGCAGCAGCCUGGGAAGGAAAAUUUGCGCCUAUUCAAUAUGGACACCUGCGGCCUAUCGACAUCGCGCAAUGAAAACUUGGGAAGAGUUACCAUUCUGCCGUGGGUCGGGUUCUUCCAGGGUGCCGAGAAUGUGACCGAUGAAUCCUCCUUCACGAAAAGCCUGGCGGUACUAAUAAGCGAAUGGUACGCCAUAGUUCCCAAACGUAGUGUCACGAGCAACAUAUCUUGGCGAUUAAUGAUACUGGGCAAGUACAAUCCGGAUGAUCCCACCAACUGCUACACCAGCACCUGCGAGAUAACGCAUCAGAUGGUGGAAAUUAAGAACGUCAUCGUCCCACCCAUCGAUCAUCCACGGCAAAUGUUGGCACUGAUAGAGUUGCUAGAGCCGGCCAACCUGAAGCUUCCCUACAUCAGCCCAAUCUGCUUGCCCUUCAUGCAGCAGCUGCAGCGCAAAACACCAACCGAGGUGACCAUAUCGUCCAACAAACAGUUUGCCAUCGUAAGCAAGAAGCUCACGAUGAUCGAUUAUCUAAACUGCCAGCAACGGCUACUGCUGGCGACACACUUUGUCACGUUUGAUGGAGAUUUCCCGUGUGCGAUCGAGGCGGAAAAGUUUCGCCAGGUGUCCUUGCCUUCCAGCCUGGGCAGUCCGUUGCAGAUGCCUGUGAGGAUGGGUGGCCGUGCGCGCUACUUUCUCUAUGGGAUGGAUACGAACGAGGAAAACAUUUUCUCCGACCUAGUGUACGGUCCGUAUCUGUUCGGCACGAUAGAGCCGGCCGAUCUUGAUUGGAUCGUAGAAAAUAUGCAGUUUAAGGAGCGCAAUACAUCGCUGCCGAUCGAAACGAGAAGUGCAGAUCGCGAGAGAGUUAGUUUAGCACCCAUGCCGGACACUUCCAAGAGGAAUCUGUUCAACUUCAAUACUUGCGGCAUAAACACUCUUCUGAGCGAAUCGUUCAGCAGCUAUCCUAUCCCGUGGACGGGCAAUGUCUUUUCAAACGCAACGUAUUUCAACGUCAGCAGAUGUUCGGUGACGCUCAUCAGCGAAUGGUAUGCUGUAGGACCUGCGUACUGUUUUGGCGAUGUCAAAGAAGAAUACAACAUAUUGUUUGGUUUUAGUAGUGAUUCUACGAACAGGGAAUGCGCAAAGCUCAAUACAACGGCCCCAUGUAAGCUUCCCGAGCAACGAAUUCCAGUAGAAAAGAUCAUCGUCCAUCCACAGUACGAUCGGCCCAGCUACAGUAACGAUAUAGCACUGGUAAAGCUAGCCAGACCCGCAGACACAUCUCAGCGUAAUGUGAGACCUAUCUGUCUGCCCCUGUUGGAUGAAGUUCGCAGCUAUGGCCUAUCGAGUCUGGUGAUGUCUUCCACCAAGGAAAGAACCUCCGACUUCACAGUUACGCCUAUCGAAAACAGAUACCUGCAUCGAGACGAGUGUCAACAACGUUGGAACGGUUUGGCUGUAAGCUUCACCGUAGACACCAUGAAGAGCUGCAUCAUUACCAAACGAUCGUCUGAUGAUAAAUGUGUUGGAGUGUUUACCGGUGCCGCACUGCACACGCUUCAAAGAGUUCAAUCGAGUGACAGACACUUUUUACGAGGCUACGUUUUGAUCUUGCCGAGAGGCUGUAGUGUGUAUUAUCCCGCAGUGUACACCAACACUGAGCAUUACUUGAGUUGGAUGUUGGAAAACAUGGAUGAACCACUGUUCACGUCGAACGGUUCAGCUGAUUUGCGUGAGAAACUUAUCUUUACCUAACUUUCGGAGCUUAGUUUCGUUUAGAGAGAAGAACUAAUAUUUUUAGAUUAGAUUAACUAUGAAAGGGGCCUGAGAUAUUUCUUCUACACUAUUAUAUGUAGACACACCUCUCGUACGCUUGCACUUACAAGUGCAGCCAUAAUCGACGUAAUCUUAACGUGCGCGUACGCCCUUCAGCCUUCCGUCCGACCUUCUCCCGUUUGCAAACUUUCCGCGUCUUCCUUCCCCUUGCCCCUCGCCGGCCGUGCCAAGCGCGAUAGUGCAGGCCACUCGUCGUACACUGAAGCAUCUGCAGCAGAUGGCAUUUGAAACUGCAGUCUUAUCGUGUUUGAAAUGGUCUCGCCAACUACAGCGUUUGCAAAAGUGCCCAUUCUGCUGCCACUGUCGCUUCGUUUGCUGCACUGCAGCCAGCUGCAAAGGUUCGAAUGUCCCUCGCGACUCUAGUUACGGGGAACAGAGGGCAAAAAAAGAAA